CAUCAGUUGCACCACAGAACAGCAGAGAUGCUAGGCUUGCAAGGCUCCUACGUUAUAACGAAUGAUUACUUUUGUACAAAAAAAUCCAGAAUCUAGCUUACUAGAUGAUGAUUAUCCCAUGUAAUUCUCAGCUCAAUACAGAGUAGUACAAUUGAGAUCUUAUUAUUCCCAAAAUCAAGCAAAAAAGCCCUUUUCCCCGGUCGGGGAUUCAAACAAACCUCAUCAAAGACCGCCUUCUAAUACAGAGAUACACCGCUAAUAAUGGUAGGCGGUCAAUGUAGUGGUACCUUAGGGCUCCACCCAUAAAUGUCCCGAUAAGGCAAGCGUGCACCAACUCAGCUCCAACUUAUACAUUCCAUCAACAACUCUUUGACCUACUUCUAAACAUAACGAUAUAGUUAUACAACAACCAAAACCUUCUACACAUCCCAUCACUAAAGAAAAAGUCCCAGCCUCCCAACCAACACUGCCCACCCAGAAGAAAAGCAACCAACCCCUCACCACCCCCCCAAGCUAACCAAAAAUGCCACCAACGAACCCCCUCACCCUAAUAGUCGCAACGACCCCAGUCCCCACGCGCGAAAAAACCCUCCUCGGAAUCGGUCUAAAUGGCACGCUCCCCUGGCCGCGCAUAAAAGCUGACAUGAGCUUCUUUGCGCGCGUGACAACCCGCCCCCCGCGCCCAGGUACAACAAAUGCCAUGAUCAUGGGCCGGAAGACGUAUGAUUCCGUGCCUAAGAGUCUGCGGCCGCUGGGGAAGAGGAUUAGUGUUGUUGUUACGCGGGAUGUGGCGGGUGUGAGUAAACGGGUCUCGGAGGAAUUGGAGAGGAAGAGGGCGAAAAUGGAUGCCGCUACUGCUGCGGCUACUUCUGCUGGGGAGAAUAAGGAGGAGGGGCCGGUUACGGAUGCGAUUGUUAGUUCUGGGUUGGAAGCGGCGCUUGAGGAUGUGGAGGAGAAGUUUAAAGGGGGGUUGGGGAGUGUUUUUGUGAUUGGGGGUGCGGAGAUUUAUGCGGCUGCUUUGGGGUUGGGAGGGGAUCGGCCGGUUAGGAUUGUUAUGACGAAUGUUGAGAAGAAGGGGUGGGAUGGGGAGAAGGCUGGGUUUGAGUGCGAUACUUUCUUUCCGAUUGACGAGGAGUUGCUCACGGAGAAGGGAUGGAAGAAGGUGAGUGCGGAGGAAGUGACUGAGUGGGUGGGUGAGCCUGUCACGGGGGAAUGGAAAGAUGAAGGCGAGGUUAGGAUUCAGAUGGUUGGAUAUGAACGGGUCAAUUGAAGUUGUGGGCACUGUGCGCAGCUUAGCCUCUCAUUUGUAUAUAACGAUAGCGUUCGAUUGCUUUGUGCAAUGAUAAUCUAUAUACGGUGAGUCUUCCCCAUCUGAGGUUCAAUGCUAGGCAUCUGCAGUCAAAGAGGCGCUUGCUAAUGAAGACAUAUCUAUCAACAAAGACGUCAAACUCCGUCAAACAUAAUUAAGUAUACAGGCAUCCCCCGCUGAUACACACUUGGUAGUAGAAACAGCGCUAAGAAAAGUACAGUUUAUAGUAAGAUCAGCAUGUGCACGAUGCUCAAGCUCAAAUAUAUGCAAAAAAAAA